AUUCCUUAACUGUAGAAUUUAAUCUGCGAUAUGACACUAAUAGCAUGUGACGUAGGAAUUUGUACUGAUCUUAAAUCAAACCCAAAACAAAAGGUCACAGGUCUGCUUAAGAAAGCUUCAAUUAUAUAUUGUUCCUGCUCUCAGACGACAUUGUGACCAUGGAGACGGAAAUAGGAACUAGGAAACCCGAGAUUGCAGAGGUGAUCCUUCCCCAGGUGAGGAAUCAGAGAACCUGAAGCAAAGCUCCUCUCAGUCUGGUCUGCACCUGUGGAUGUGUCUGUGUCUGUGUCUGUGUCUGCGUCUCCAUCAGUAUGAACCUGCCGCUGAUUCUGCUCUGUGUUCUCCUGGAGCUCCUCAUGGUGAGCUGUCAAGAUGUGAUACAGGCCCGUAUCGUAGGUGGAUACGUCCCGGCGCCGUACUCCAUCAAGUACAUCGUGUCCAUUCAGAGCGCUACGGGCCAGCACUUCUGUGGAGGGACCUUGAUUAACAAAUACUGGAUCCUGACCGCAGCACACUGCAAUAUAGGGGCGGCAAACAUGAGGAUCGUGGCUGGAGAUUUUUCUGUGGGAUUAUAUGAGGGGACGGAGCAGUUCCGCAGGCCUCAUGUUUUAAUACCUCACCCACAGUAUAAUAAAGCCACCAAUAACGCAGACAUCAUGCUCAUUAAGGUGAGGCAGUGGAAUCAAUGCUCCUCUAUCUAUGUCUACAGUUUUUUUUAUCUGGUAUCAUUGUCUGGGAAGGUUGCCUCGGCAGCUGUGGGUCGCGUGUGCAUGGUGUCCGGCUGGGGCUUCACCACUCCAACGGGAGGAAUCCCUGCAACCCUGCGCACGGUCAAACUGCCCAUCGUGUCCAGCACAGUGUGUAACAGCACAGACUCUUUUAAUGGAAACAUCACAGAGAAUAUGAUCUGUGCAGGAUACAGCGAAGGAGGUAAAGAUGCAUGUAAGGGGGAUUCUGGAGGGCCGCUGGUGUGUGAGGGCCGCGUCUAUGGCAUCGUCUCCUGGGGCAAUGGCUGUGCUGAUGCCCAGUACCCCGGUGUCUACACAUCCGUCUCAAGGUUUCGUCAAUGGAUCGAUGGAACUAUAUUUGGCUUUUAUGGAAGGUGCCUCAAGUAUUAGACUGCAGUGCUAACCCAGCACUUCCCUAAUCAAACUUGAAAAGGCCUCGAAAUAUGCCAACACGAAUACUGUUGCUACUUUCUUCUGUUUGAAAAGUUAGGACUUUUGAUGAUUUCCAGAUGAGUACAACGCUGUUCUGCAACAGCACAUCUGUUCCUCAACAGCUGGUAGACCUUUUUUAAACAAGUAGUUUGUACAAACUGUUUCUUAAAUGUGCCAUAU